UCCGGGUGAUAUGGGUAAUUUAACCAUAGUUUCAUAAUUAGCAUUUUUCUUUUGAUGCAAUCUGAAGGUAAAAAGCACUGAAGCAUGCAAGUAUCAUCAAUCUGCAUAGCAAAAUUUGGAGUUGGCGUGAAGGCGCAGCAGCACGACACCACCGUGAAGAGGAAGUCGAUGGCGGAAGCCGCAGUUCCCAAGUGGGCUCAGAAGACUGUCAGUUUACCCGCCUAUAAGCGCGGUUGUCAUCUCGUCACUUCCAAGAUAGUGAAGGAAAUCGAGCAGGACCUGUCUGGAUUCAAGUGUGGCCUUGCUCAUCUCUUCUUGCAGCACACGAGUGCUUCUCUUACUAUUAACGAGAAUUACGAUUCUGAUGUUCGUGAUGAUACUGAAACCUUCCUCAAUCGAAUUGUUCCUGAGGGUUCAUCGGCGCCUUGGAAGCAUACUCUUGAGGGCCCAGAUGACAUGCCGGCUCAUAUUAAAUCGUCAAUGUUUGGUUGUGCACUCACGAUACCAAUAACAAAUGGAAAGCUUAACAUGGGAACAUGGCAGGGCAUAUGGCUUUGUGAGCAUCGGGAUCAUCCUUCUUCGCGAAGAGUUGUCGUCACUCUUAAUGGAAUAUGAGUCGCUGGCACCCAUCUGUUUUACUUGGCCCUUUUGUUAUGUACGAUGAAGACAGACCUGACGUUGGAGUUUAUAGCAGGAUAUGUGUGUUGCAAUGCCUUUUUGUUAGAUGUAACUUGAGUAGCUUGCAAUGGAUGCAACUGUUAAAAUGAUUGGGAUCAUGUUAAUUUAUACAAGUAUUCCGAGUAAACAUUAUCCAAGUAUGUUUUUGCUUGCAACUGUUGGUGGAGAUGAUGUGUGCUAUUGCUUUCAGUUUAGCCGUUCUAUAGGGCACCGGAAAAUGGAAAUUGAGUGGUAGUUAAAGAACACAGUGUAGUCAAGUCUUAAGAGUGAAGGGAACAAUUAAAAAUUAAACUCAAUUGUUAAGAGUCAUGUUGAUCUCUUCA